CAAGGUCGUUGAAACGAGGCGACGGAUUUGAAAAAGUCCAACGUGCACUUUCCGGGCCGUCCAUAUUUUUUCCUGUUUUUUUCCAGCUCUCUCCACUCAAAAUACUCAAAAUACUUCACUUGCACAUAGGGUAUCUUCCAGCCAGACGCAAACUGUUGCAUAUGCAUCAAUCAUUAUCCUUUAACCUGCAUUUAAGUUUUUCCCACCGUUCCUUUGCCUCUAAUGUAGAGUUUUGUAGGAUUGGUAAAGCCUAGCUGUUUAGUUUGCUCAAGUUUUAGGAAAACUUUACUCAGAUAGGUGGUUUUCAUGCGCCAUUGCAUCCUUAUAAGAAUUUACAACUAAUGUGGUUGGGUCUUCGUAUAUAAAUACAAACAUAAGCUUAAUGUUGUAGCAAUAACGGUUCAGGAAGUAUGGUAGUCUGACACGUAGUUGUCUUCCUUUUGACUAUUUAGCAGGACGAGCGUGUUGGUAACUGUAAUUUGACUCCGGAUUUUCUCUAAACAGAGUAACAAAUCCCUUAACUACAACCUGCGCCUACAAAAUGUCGUAAAUAUCUUUUAUGAGAGAAGAGAAAAAUAGAUGGUAUAUAUGGCAUAUGGUAUCUAAUGGUUUUUUUAUAAACUACUAGACAAUUUCAGAUCUAUGAUCAUAUCACCCCGGGUCGUUUUAUGAUAAGAUAGUAGGCUUCAACCGGUUAAAAUGAAGAAUUUUUGAGAUCACAUAAUUACGUUUCGUCACAAUCCCGAGCAAUAACUAUCUGCUUGGGUAUCACUGAGAUUUUGGUGAACAAGUGCUGCAUACUGAUAUCCUGUUGACCGUCUGCUGCAACUGUGCCCAGACAAUCGUUUAUUUUUAACAAGCAUUAGUUUUAAGCACAAGGAGGGACAUCGUCUAAAAUGGCGGUCGCCUGCACCAAACCAACGAUGGACUCAACUAGACCAUAUUGCCAUCAGUCAUCGUUGUUGAGGUUCGAAAGAAGACUACUGCUCGUUCUGGAAUACAUGCUUGGACUCCGAUCAUGUUCUGAUACAAGCACGUAUUUGCUUGUGCUUCACUGGACACGGUAAAGCCACAUUAAGAAGACUCAUUCGAGUUAAACUCAGUGACGAGAAAGUCAAAAGUAGAUUCCAGGAACAACUUAGGCAAUUCCGAAAACGAGGCCGACCCGGAUGUUGCUUAGCAAGAUAUACAAACAGCAGUGACAUCUACUAGUGAUUUGAAACAAAGGACCACGAAUAACCAGUGUAUUUGUGCUACAUCUCUUGCACUGCUAGACUCUCGUAAACUUAUCCCAUCAGGCUCCGAACACGAUGAUAAGCGAAAACAAAUCAAAUCUAGGUUAGCCCAAAGUCUAUGGAACGAUCGUGAGCAGUGGUGGGCAACGAAAGCAAAACAGAUGGAAAUGGCAGCGACUGUAGGUAACACCAGGCAGCUUUCCAGACUAAUAAAGGAAACCGAAAUUGAGAAGUCAAGUGUAAGACAAUCUCUGAAAAAGACAACAUUCUCAUCUGCUCGCAGUACAGAGGUUUAGAACGAUGGAGGAAACGCUUUAAGGAGAAGUUGGGCUUGCCUCCAACUAUUUCACAGCUACCUACCAUUUUUAAACAUCCUGAACGGAACAUUGAAAUAGGCCCUUGACUCUAAUUGAAGUUCAAAAAGCUGUAGCUAAUCUGAAACGAGUAAGAGCAGAUGGAUUGGCUCAAGAGGUCUUUAAGUAAGGUGGUCCAAUUUUAGCGAUUAGGUUGAUUAAUAUUUUAGCUAAAAUCUGGGAGUUGGAUGUAAUCCCAUCUGACUGGUCGCAAUCACUGAUUGUCCCAAUAUAUAAGAAGGAGUCAAAAUCAUCCUGUGAUAACCAUGGAGGGACUAGUUCAACUAAUAUGGCAUGUAAAAUACUAGCCUCAAUUGUUGUCGGACGCCUAACUAAGACUCGUGAACUGCAAACACGAGGAAAUCAGGCUGACUUCAAACCUGGUCGUGGCUUCAUCGACCACAUAUUCACCAUUCGCCAGAUCUUAGAACACAGACAUGCUUAUCGGCGUACGACAAUGGAAGUUUAUCUUGACUUAAAAGCAGCAUUUGACUCUGUAGACCGAGAGGUUCUGUGUCAGUGUCUGUCAUUGAAAAGUGUUCCUCAGAAGUACAUAAACCUUGUGAAUGCUCUGGUUUUAUGUUGUAGCUGUUUGAGUCCUCCACUUUUCCUUCAAAGUAUUAGCUUCUAGGUCAUUUUGUCUGCGAAAAUCACUCAUAUAUUCGAUACAUACUUAAAGAGUUUUUGGAUGACUUUACUUUUCUGUUUAAGCUAACUUAUUUAAUAUGAUCCUUGUCGCAACAUUGUGGUACUUAAUACGGGGCUGGGUACCUUGUUUAAGAGUGUGUGUCAGAUAUGGCAUUUGAUCAGGAUGGCCCACGUUACCAUUGAUCACUAAUUAAUUCUGGCUGGCAUUUGUACACUACCGAACUCACGAAAUUGAUCUCAACAUUUGCUAUCAUUUUUUAUCCAUAGUCCUUUACUCAGUGUCAUUAAUUUUGCGAAAAUUUCAAAGACAGUUAUUUACACCAAUUUAUUAAAUCUAUUCAGUAUGGUAUUCACCAGAUUACUACUUUUACCGUACUCACCAUCGAAACUUCCAUCUGACGCUAUCGUAGGUAUCCUUCUGCAGAUAAUGCUUCUUGUGACCGGUUUUUCAAGGAUUGAUUUGUCACUGGAUCCACUUUAUUUAACUUCAGUCUCAUCGACCCUAGUAUUUGCUGUAUGGUGAAGAUUCGAUAUAAGUUCACAAGACUGUCUUGUAUUUUCGGGUUACGUGUGGCGUAGGUUGUCCAUCUGGCAUCCAAGCAGCGAAUAUAUUGUGUAGAAGUUGCUUAUCUCCUUUUUAGGUAUGUAUGGACUGUGAUUUUCUAGUAUUUAUCUAGACAGUUUCAUCUCACUGAUCUGAAGCCGAUGGACAUAUGUACCGGUUUCUACGUUGCCUAUAACUGAUCAGCUCUUAAAGGAAGGGGAGUUGCUGUUAGUGUAUUUUCCUAACGAAUAAUUCUGUAAUUCGCAGCACUAAAUAUACACUAGAGACAUCGUGUUGCUUUGCUUCAGUCACAAUGUGUUUUGCUCUUGAGACGUUCAUAAACUUUAAUCUGGUUCCUUAGUAGCUUUUUGUUAGUAUGGUUGUCAGCUUAUAAUUCAAUCUUUUUUCAUUUCAAAGAAAUAUGCAGCCCCCUCUUGUCAUGAGAAUACUUGCUGCCUCUGUGUCUUUAGCCGACAAGGCCUGUUUUUUGAUUCGUGCGGUAUAUGAUUCCAAAGACUUGGCCAUUAUCGACAAAGGAGUUGACGAUUUGCAAUCUAGAGCUGAUCGAGAUUCUCAACGGUGCAUAGUACAAUCCUUGAACGAGACCUUCCCGGGUCUUCAUGUUAUUGGUAUAUUUAAUGUUUACUCUAAUAACUCGAAAAAUAGGCGAAGAAGGUGAUCUGGAUCCUGGAGAUCUAUCUACGUCCACUGAGUUAAACUCAACUGUUCUUGAACACCGCUGUCCUCCAGAACUAAAAGAUUUGUCACUGGAGGAUAUUGUAGUUUGGGUGGAUCCACUGGAUGGUACAAAGGAAUUUACUGAAGGCCUUGUUGAGUUUGUUACAGUUCUUAUCGGAAUUUCGAUUGCUGGAAAGCCUGUGGGUGGUGUUAUCGCUCAACCCUUUUACAAAGCCAAUACAACUGAGCCUCACUACACGACUCGAAUCGUUUGGGGACUUGUAGGUCUGGGUGUGUUUGGCAUAAAUCCUCUGGUACCUUCUUCAAAAUUGCCAUAUCCAGUCAACCAAAAUGCCCAAAAACUUACUUCACCUCAUGUUAUUGUGGUUACUCGAUCCCAUCGCUCUACUACUCAGGAUUUUGUCGACGGAGCAUUCUAUCCCACUGAAGUAAGCAUUAUUGUAUUGUUACAAUACAUUUUUGAAUUUCUUGUGUGGGUAUGUUCAACACUUUUACAUAUCACAUAGUUCUCAAAUAUUUGAUAUUGAUCUGUAAUUGUGGGUGUAAAAUGCUUUGUAUCGCUCUUAAAAUCAAAUAAUCUAUUAAACUCUACCCUGGGAGUUGAAAGGUCUUCAUUUUGAAGAGUUAUGAAGCCUCAUAGUGGGAGCCGAAAUUCUUUGCAAUUCACGAGGCUGAUACUCUUCUAACAACCAGAGAAACAGUUUUUAUAGGUACAUGGAACGUUCGGACAUUGUGGAAGACUGGUAAGACCAUACAAAUAGAAACGGAAACGAGGAGAUACAACUUUAACGGUGCUUGGAAUCAUUGGAACCCAUUGAUUCCAAGCUGGACAGGAAAGGUUAUAUUCGGAAGAGAUGCUGCUGUACUCUGAUCACGGAGAGGAAAAUGCUCCUCACACUCAAAAAGUUGCUUUGACGCUGUCCAAAGAAGCACCUAACGCACUUGUAGGACGGGAAUCAUGGAUCCUGGAUCAUCAAAGCGUCAUUCAAAACAAAGGAGGGAAUCACAAUGAAUGUUAUCCAGUGUUAUGCACCGAUCAAUUAUAGCAGUGACAACGAUAAAGAUCAGUUCUACGGGAGGCUGCAUUCGAUCAUAGUGAAAUGUCCAGGAAAGAACCUGACCAUCCUAACGGGAAACUUAAACGCCAAAGUCGGAAUGGACAACAACGUUUAUGAGGAUAUCAUGGGAUGACACGAACUGACUGAGAGAUAGGAAUGAGAAUGGCGAGGGACUUGGAAAUUUAUGUGUAUUCAACAAAAUGGUUUUAGGUUGCACAAUAUUUCCCCACAAACACAUACAAAAAGCUACAUGGGUCUCACCGGACCACACCACGGAGAAUCAGAUAGAUCACAUUUGUAUCAAUAAAAAAUUCCAAAGGACAAUUGAGGAUAUGAGAACCAAGAGAGGAGCUGACAUAGCUUCAGAUCACCACCUGGUGGUGGCCAAGAUGAAACUGAAGCUAAAAAAACACUGAACAGCUGGGGAAACAGCAUUAAAAAGGUUUAGUGCAUCGUCCCUUCGAGAUACUAACAAACUCAAUCAAUUCAAGAUAACUCUCAACAACAGGUUUCAAGCCUUACAGGAUCUAGUAAGGGAAGAAACUACUAUGGAGGAAAACUGGAAAGGUAUCAAAUAAUCACUAAAUUCAACAUGUCAGGAGAUUCUGGGCCGCAAGAAGCAUCAACAUAAUGAAUAGAUCGCCAUCGAAACCCUAGAUAAGAUUCAGGAAAGGAAGAACGACAGUACAGCGAUUAACAACAGCCGAACAAGAACAGAGAGAAUCAAUGCACAAGCUGAAUACACAGAAGCAAAUAGGAAAGUGAAAAAAGCAUUAGAACUGACAAGCAGAAAUAUGUGGAAUACCUAGUAACAACAGCGGAAAAAGCUGUAAGUGAAGGAAAUAUGAGACAACUAUAUGAUACAAUGAGGAAACUAGCAGGGAAAUAUAGUAAACCAGAGAGACCGGUCAUGGACAAUGAAAGUAAGCCAAUCACUUAGAUUCAGGGACAGAGGAACAGACAAGUGAAAUAUUUCGAGGAACCCUUGAAUAGGCCAGUCUCAUUGAACCCUCUGGACAUCGAAGCACCACCUACAGACCGUCCUAUAGCCGUCACUCCACCAACGACCGAAUAAAUCAGGAUGGCCAUAGGACAAAUCAAGAGUGAGAAAGCAGUAGGACCAGACAAUAUACCAACCGAAUCACUUAAGUCAUACAGAAGUAACUGCAAAGAAGCUCCGCAUUUUAUUCAAGAAGAUUUAGGAGGAAGAACAAGUGACGACGGACUGGAAAGAAGAAUAUCUCAUCAAGAUUCCUAAGAAAGAUCUGGGCAAAUGUGAAAAAUAUAGAGGCAUCACACUACUAUCUGUACCAGUAAAAGGUUUCAACAGUGUUGCUGAACCGGAUGAAAGAUGCAGUAGACGCCCAACUUCGAGAUAAACAGACUGGAUUCUGUGAGGAUCGGUUGUGCACAGACCAAAUCGCGACACUAUGGAUCAUCGUCGAACAACCAUUUGAGUGGAACUCGUCACCAUACAUCAACUUCAUUGACUAUGAGAAGGCGUUUGACAGUGUAGAUAGGAGAACAUUAUGGAAACUUCUUCGACACUACAGAGUUCCUGAGAGGAUUGUCAACAUCACACGGAAUUCGUACGACGGACUACAGUGCAAAGUCGUGCAUGGAGGUCAGCUGACAGACAGUUGUCUACGCAAGAUACUCAAUGUCCGUUGGCUGGAUACCACCAGAAACAGCCUACUGUGGAAGAGAACAAACAACAGCCGAACAAGAACAGAGAGAAUCAAUGCACAAGCUGAAUACACAGAAGCAAAUAGGAAAGUGAAAAAAGCAUUAGAACUGACAAGCAGAAAUAUGUGGAAUACCUAGUAACAACAGCGGAAAAAGCUGUAAGUGAAGGAAAUAUGAGACAACUAUAUGAUACAAUGAGGAAACUAGCAGGGAAAUAUAGUAAACCAGAGAGACCGGUCAUGGACAAUGAAAGUAAGCCAAUCACUUAGAUUCAGGGACAGAGGAACAGAUAGGUGGAACACUUUGAGGAACUCUUGGAUAUGCCAGUUGUCUACUCAAGGUACACAAUGCAAGUUGGCAGGAUAGCAUCAGCAACAGUUUACUGUGGGAGAGAACAAACCAGCUUCCAUCUGGAGAGGAAAUUAUGAAAAGACGCUGAAAGUAUGUAUGACAUACAUUGCAGAAACCAUUAAACUGCGUCAGUAGGCAAGCUCCAACUUAGAAUUCUGAAGGGACACAUAAAAGAAGAAGACAAAAAAUACAUUAUUUCGGGAAUUAGAAGCAGACAUCAAAAGGAUGAAUAGCAACUGGAAAGAACAGGGUUGGAUGGAGAAUGUUGGUGCGCGACCUAUGCUUCUCCACGAGGGUUAGCAGGCGUAGCUAAGUAAGUAAUCGUUGUUCUAGUUUUUACGUAGUUUUCUUAUGUGUGGUGUGUACUAUUAUUAUACAUGAGCUACUUUACGAGCUCGUGUUUACAACCACUUGGUCACCACUAGUGAUGAAUGCAUACAUGAAUACAUGCGUUACCAAGUACUUUAAGCACGAUAUUUAUGCAUUCCACCAAUUUCCAAUUUACAUAUUUCUCUUAUUUACAGAAGCAAAAUUAAUUUUGUGAGAAAACCCUUUUGUUGCUUGUUUUGUUAACAUUAGUAGUAAUCUGUGAAUCAAAAGCGAAUAUUAAACUUACAAUGUGUGUUAAGUUUUCCGUUUGAGACAUGUCUAUAGUCAAAUUAUUAUUAAUUCCGUAAAAUAUACCGAAACCAUUGUGACUAGAAAAGUUCAACUGUAUCGGUGUCGGGAAAUAAUUCUAGAUUUUCUACGUCAUCGCAUUGUAGUUUCAAGAGUACAUCUUCGUAAAACAUAUUAAAGGAUCUACAUUUGCAAAUCAGAGCAAAACAUGCUAGCAAGUAGUAUUAGUUUGAAAACCUUGUAGUUUAUUUCUGUUUUUUUCCACUGGCGUUUUAUGCUUAAUAGUCUUGAUAAACCUCCCAUUUUCGUCGGGCUGAAAUGUUUGAUAUGCUAAAAACCAUUCGGUUCCGUACUUCCGAGUUUAUAUAGUUUAACUGAAAAUCGUAAACGUAGUAAUUUACUAUGACUAAUAUUAUCUAUAUGUCGUUAACCUACACAGGAACUAGCGAAAUAGCUAGCUAAAUUUCUAAACCUAAUCCGCAAUAUUUAUGUAUUUUUAUUUAUUUAUUUUAACAUAAAUAUUGGUACAAAGGGGCACCGAAUACAUAUGUGCCACACAAGUCACUUGAUUUGUGUGUGGGCUAUGAUACUGCUCGGGUGUCCAAACCGAAGCAGGUGGUUUUCUUAGGGGGCCACACCCGGAGCCAUCGACCUGAAGGUCUACAAGGCAGUGGAGCAACGUUAGGAGUGCACUCCCAUGGUAGCCGAUGACCAAUAAUAGGUUAAUACCCCUUUUGUCCCCUCAGGAUACUGGAGCCCAUAUGCACCACUGGUUUGGAAUUAGGGUUUUCCAACUCCCGUAGGUGGACUCUCUGUGUCCACCAACCCGGUUAAAGCGCCAAACACUCGCUUUUCACCCUCUCAAUUUCGUAAACACUCCCGUCACGAGAAUUUAGUGAGUAGGAGCUCCGUAGGAGUGGCUGUAUACAUGUGACCAUGUGAGAGAGUAUUUUUGGGGAGGUGAUUCUCUCCGCCCUCUGCCGUACCGUGGCAUUCGGGGGCAAUGAGCAAUAAAUUGUGUACGUUUUCCUUAAAAGAUACAUUUAAACUAACUGACCUUCUUGAUCGUUUUGUUAUUAAAGAAACGACCAUGCAUUCUUUUGAUGUAUACAUUGUUUUUACGAAUGUUCCCCUUUUCCCUAUUCGGUCAACACUGUUGAAAAAUUUACUUUUGUUGUGUACUCUGAAACUUCAUGUUUAAAGGUGAACAUUUUCGACAAGUUGAUGGUGCUGCUAUGGGUAGUCUUUUGAAACCUUUCUUAGCUAGUGUAUUUGUCAUAUGUUGAGAGUGUGACAAAUGAGCUCAUCAGUGAGGUAACUUCAUAAGAGAUACGUGGAUGAUGUAUUAGUUAUGUGUGAUAAUAAUUUCGAUACUGCUCAGUCAUUAGAUAAACUAGAUAGUUUACAGGAUGAUAUCGCACUGACCUAUGAGGAAGAAAGUAAUAACAGAUCAUCCUUUUUAGACGUACUUUCGAGUCGAUGGGAGGUUGGGAUUAUAAUGCGGUCAGUAUAUAGAAAACCAACAUGGAGUGAUCAAUAUUUAAAAUUCCAGUUUUUAUCCGUUGUAACACGAGCGAAGCUUCGUAAGUGCCUCUCUAACAGCACUCAAAACAUAUGUGCUGCAGAUAUGUUUGAAGAAGAUGCGGAAUUGCUGACUGACACAGUGAUAUCAAACGGUUAUCCACUGGAGUUUAUAAAUAAGUGCAAUAGUCAGUCAACACCAAAUCUCUUUAAUUCUGUUGCGAAGGAAAGUGUUAACAUACCUCUACUAUUUGGAAGUGAAUCUAACAGUAUGAUUUUAGGACGGAAACUAAAAUCAGCCAUCGAAGACAUAUUACGCUGCUAAACUGAUCAUGAUCGGAGGUACUAAUCCCAUGAUUCCAAAUAAACCUAAACAUUGCACGAGUAAUGCGAUGAUUUCCCCUUCUUUCCAUACUAUGUUGAUUUUCUCUUUAAAGUACUACUUUGUUUACUUGAACCGUCAUUUAUUUGACCCUUAUUAAUUUUCACUUAAGAUGCCUUGACAAGUAUAUGUGACUAGAUUGUUCGAGGUGUAACUGCCCAAAUACGAAACGUUUUUCAGACCAACUUAGUCUUCUCAUUUUUCUACCAAAAUGUCGACUUCUUGAUCUUUCUUUAUUGUGUAUAAAAUCUUAUGCCAUUCAGUAAAUAUGCUGUAAGUAGGAUCUGUCGAUAAGUUUUCACUUUAUGUAGCUCAAAACCUUGUUUUUGACUCUCUGUAUCUUGAAACUUUUUUAAUGAUGCAAGUUCGAUUCUAAUUUCAUGUAUUUUUAGUAAUGAAACUGGUUAUUUUGGAUGUUAGAGUUUAUGCACAAGUUUUAUCCCUAAAAUCCGAAAUAUACUCGUGCAGUAUUUGUUAUGCUAUCUCAUUUUUUAAUCCCAUAUCUUAUUUUUUCUUUUCAUAGGUUCUUCGUGUAGGAGGGUGUGGUUAUAAAGUUCUAGUGCUUCUGGAAGGACGUGCUCAUGUUUAUGUAUUCCCUAGCCAAGGUACUAAAAAGUGGGAUACAUGUGCUCCAGAAGCUGUGCUUCUGGCAUCUGGUGGGAUACUAACAGAUUUAACUGGACAGUCUUACAAAUAUGAUCUGAAUGCUAAACAUGAUAAUCUUCGAGGCAUACUUGCUACUCCUGUCGCCGAUUGGUUGCCAUCAUAUGUUUCUUGUUUGCCAAAAGAAGUGCUUGACGAUUUCUCAGCUCGUGAUUAG